CGCACGGUGGGCAAGAACUCACACACAAUAAUGGCGAAUUUAUUGAAGAGAAGGAGUUUAUUGUUUACAAAACUGGUGAAUUCCGUGAAUUACUGGAAAAGACUAUCUUCGCAUUUUAUUUACUUUCCUGACAAUGAAAAUCCAGUGGAAGGGGACACUACAAAGAUGAACAUGAUGCAAGCCAUCAACAAUGCCAUGGAUAUCACACUAAAGAAUGAUCCAACAUCUGUGCUGUUUGGAGAAGAUGUGGGCUUUGGCGGAGUUUUUAGAUGUUCACUAGGGUUACAAGAGAAGUAUGGCAAAGAUAGAGUGUUCAAUACACCACUCUGUGAGCAAGGCAUUGCAGGGUUUGGGAUUGGAGUGGCCACAGCGGGAGCCACAGCCAUUGCAGAGAUACAGUUUGCUGAUUAUAUCUUCCCUGCUUUUGAUCAGAUAGUGAACGAGGCAGCAAAAGCGCGCUACCGCUCAGGAGGGCAGUACGAUUGCGGCGCGUUGACCAUACGUGCGCCGUGUGGAGCAGUAGGGCACGGUGGAUUAUAUCACUCGCAGAGCCCUGAGGCUUUCUUUGCACAUGCUCCUGGUUUAAGGAUAGUGGUACCACGAGGCCCCAUUGCAGCCAAGGGAUUGCUUCUCUCCUGCAUCCGCGAAAAGGAUCCAUGCAUAUUUCUAGAACCGAAAAUCUUGUACAGAUCUGCCACUGAAGAUGUACCUACAGGAGACUACACAUUGCCUUUGGGAAAAGCACAAGUUUUGAUGGAAGGUGACGCCGCCACACUUAUUGGAUGGGGCACUCAGAUCCACGUGCUGCUGGAAGUAGCACAAAUGGCUGAAACGAACUUAGGCAUAAAGUGUGAGGUCAUCGACCUCAUGUCCAUAUUGCCAUGGGACGAGGAAACUGUUUGCAAUUCUGUAAAGAAAACUGGGCGCUGUCUUGUUUCUCACGAAGCACCGCUCACUUCAGGAUUUGGCGCAGAAUUAGCUGCUACUAUUCAGGAGGAAUGUUUCCUUCACCUUGAAGCUCCAAUAGCAAGAGUCACUGGCUGGGACGCACCUUUUCCGCAUGUGUUUGAGCCAUUCUAUUUGCCAGAUAAAUGGCGUUGUUAUCAGGCACUCCAUGAUCUAAUCAACUACUAAACACCAAGCAUGCAUUUGUAUUAUAAACUAUGAUAUAACUACCA